AUGCAAAAAAAUAAAGGUAAUGUGUCUCAAGAUAAACUUGACAUUUCAAAAGUAAUUUUUGGCGCAGGAGUUUUCAGUAUUAGGUAUAAUCCUAUUAAGGAAGUACGGCCUUUGGAGUCGGUGCAUAAAGCAUUAAAGCUAGAAAUUCUUGGUAAUGCACUAGAGUCAUUAAGAUCAGAAUUUCCUAGAUCAACAUAUUAUAUAUUUACAAAGGCUGGUCGAUAUGGUCUUGAUAAAAAAGAUUUUGAUUACUCUGCUAAACGUGUGAGAGAAAGUGUUAGAGAAAGUUGUAGACGUUUAAAAACUGAUUAUUUGGAUAUUGUUUUUGCACAUGAUGUCGAAUUUGUUGAGUUAGAGAAAGUUAUUGAAGAUGGUGGUAUUUUACCCGAGUUGUUUAAGUUAAAAGAAGAAGGAAUCAUCAAACAUGUCGGAAUAAGUGGUUAUCCAUUAGAUAUACUUUUUAAUAUUUCUAGAAUACAAUAUGAAAAAAAACAACCAAUAGAUGUUGUAUUGAGCUAUUCUCAUUAUUGUCUUCACAACACACAAUUAAAAGAUUACAUUGAAAAGUUUAAAAAUUCAGCUAAUGUAAAAUAUGUAUUAAAUGCUUCACCACUUAGUAUGGGUCUUUUAUGUGAAAUUGAUCCUCCAGAAUGGCAUCCUGCAUCUGAGGAAUUACGUGAAAUUAUCAAACAAUGUACGAAGAUUGCCAAGGAUAAUAAUCUCAAUAUUUCAAAGUUGGGUAUUGAUUUCUCAUUAGAUUGGGAUAAAGCUGAUGCUACAGUUGUUGGAUUAUCAAAUAUGGAUGAAGUUGAUGACGUGGUUUCAAUUUUUAAUAGAGUUAUGGCUAGGAAGAAUGGUGAAAAAGAUCAUUGUUUAUCUGAUCUGGAGAUUAAGGCUUAUGAAAAAAUUAAUCAAUUGCUUUCACCAUAUCAUAAUUGGGAGUGGGAAUCUCCACCACCACCAUCUAUUACCCUUUGA